UUAGGUAUGAUCGUGAUAGACAAUUGGAUGAACUUGAGAAAACAUGUUCUUCUCAGAAAGAGCAAAUAAAUACAUUACAGCAAUGUCUAGCUGAUGAAAAGGAGAAAUCAAAGAUGGCCAACUUAUCUGCUUCAGAAACAAAAACAAAUCUUGAGGCGCAGAAAAAAUUUAUAAAGGAACUAGAAUUCCAAGUGAUUGAGGGAGAGAAAUUGAGGAAAAAUUUACACAACAGUAUCCUUGAGCUCAAAGGGAACAUUCGUGUGUUUUGCCGAGUUCGACCUUUGCUACAAGAAGAUGGUUUUGGAACAGAAAUGGUUGUUUCUUAUCCAACAUCAAUGGAAGCUCCUGGACGUCGCAUUGAAUUGGUCCAAAGUGGGCAAACAUAUCAUUUUACAUUUGAUAAGGUCUUCAAUCAUGAGGCUUCUCAACAAGACGUUUUCAUUGAAAUAUCACAAUUGGUACAAAGUGUGCUUGAUGGGUACAAGGUAUGCAUAUUUGCAUAUGGCCAGACAGGUUCUGGCAAAACUUAUACAAUGAUGGGUGAGCAUGAUACCCCAGAUUUGAAAGGAUUGAUCCCACGUUCUUUAGAACAGAUCUUCCAAGCUACUCAAGCCCUCAAAGAUCAAGGAUGGAAGUACAAAAUGCAGGCUUCGAUACUAGAAAUUUAUAAUGAGACCAUUCGAGAUUUGUUGUCAUCAAAUCGUCCAAGUGGGAUUGAUCAAACACGAAAGGAAAAUGGUGCUCAUGGGAAGCAACAAUACACUAUUAAACAUGAUGCCAAUGGAAAUACACAUGUUUCUGACCUCACUAUUAUAGAUGUUUCUAGUGUAAAUGAGAUUUCAUCUCUCCUUCAACAUGCUGCACAAUGCAGGUCGGUAGGAAGGACUCAGAUGAAUGAACAGUCAUCAAGAAGCCAUUUUGUCUUUACUUUGCGGAUAUUUGGGAUCAAUGAGAAUACAGAACAACAAGUGCAAAGUGUCUUAAAUUUGAUUGAUUUGGCUGGAAGUGAAAGACUAUCAAGGAGUGAGGCAACAGGGGACCGACUUAAGGAAACACAGGCUAUCAUCAAAAGCUUAUCGUCUUUGAGUGAUGUCAUAUCUGCUUUGGCCAAGAAAGAAGAGCAUAUUCCUUUCAGGAAUUCAAAAUUGACCUACCUUCUCCAGCCAUGUCUAGGAGGAGAUUCAAAAACAUUGAUGUUUGUGAAUGUGUCACCUGAUGCUUCUUCUGCUGGAGAGUCACUUUGCUCUCUUCGUUUUGCUUCCAAAGUCAAUGCUUGUGAUAUUGGCAUUCCAAGGCGUCACACAUCCUCCAAGUCAUCUUUUUGAUUCUCGGAUGAGCUAUGGCUGAAGAAUUAAUUAAUGAGUAUGAAUAAACAUUAAAAGAAUAAAAAAAAAAGAUUCAUACUUGUGAAUCCCAUGUCUUUUUUGUAUGUUUUAUAUUUUACCUUAAUUUGAUAAAGUGAUGA